AUGAUAUUUCAAUUUUCGGAGGCAUAUUUGACUGAGGAAAUUCAUCCGCCGCAUUGCACAAAAACACCGAUUUUUUCAGCGGAAAUGUCACGAAGUAAGUACUGUAGUUUUUUUUCGGGUUACUGUAAAUCAGACUUGCGAAGUUAUACUAUAAAUGUUCAGUUUUCAUCGGGUUACUGUAGCUUCUAUAAAGUUAAAUUUUUCUGGGAUCAAAAUCUACGAGUUUUUGAGCCAAAUCUUGUAGAAAUGUGACUGCUUUAUUGUUUUGGGGGUACUGUAGAUCUAUGGAGUACGGUAGAAAUCUGUAUAAAUUUGGAAAAUGUUCCAAAGUUUUCUGAAUUUUCAGUUUUGUCUCCUAAUUUUGUGGAAUUUAUUUUUGAAAAAAACAUAACCGUUUUAUGACGUGGCAAGUUGGAAUUUCAAUUUCAAAAUUUAUCCACCGAAAAUCUCAUGGGUUCAAAUUUCGAAAUAGAAUUUGUUUUUUUUGGAAAUCAUAUAUCGACGAUAAUAUCGUUUUAUAUCAAAUCAAAUCGAUGAAUCAUUAUUUUUCGGGGGAAACAGUCAGAGAAAAAAAUGAGAAUUGUUUCGAAAUUUUUUUCAGACCCCGAAUCUCAAGUUCGCGGGGAAAUUCGAAAACAUUUUCAUAUCGGACUCCACAUGGUAAUCUGUUUUCGACUUUAUGAAGGCUCUAGGUUUUUAGAUGGAGUUGAGACGACCCCAAGUCAGAAAAGUUAUUUGCACACAAUUCGAUGGGAAAAAUUGGAACAUCAUCACCCGGUUGGUGAAUUUUUUGGUUGAAACAUAGAAAAUCUUGUUUUUUAUCUUUUGUUCCAGAUCAGCCAACGUUACACAUUUGGAAUUCCCGAAGUUUAUGCUGAUUGUAUUUGUGAAUGCGAUUCAACAUCAAGAAUUUGUACAUCGAAAUCUCACCAAUAUAAAACUUGUGCAGAAUCUGAUGAAUCUACAUCAUGUUAUCGCACAUUUUUCCCAAAUCAAAUACCGAUUGGAUGUAGCGAAAAUGAUAGUCCGAAAUUAUGUUGUGAUGUCAAGUUCAAACCGUAUAAGUAAGUUUGAAGGGGCUGGAAAAUACUUCAAAAUUCUUGGGAAUUUGAUGAUUCCAGAAACCUCACCUUCACUGCCGUCAAGCUCGAACAACCUUCUACAUAUGCCACAUUUGUAUACACGGCAUAUGAUUUUGAAAAUGGAAAAUGGGUGGAAAAAGAUAAAACAAGAAUAAGAAAUCAAUUAGAUGGAGGAACUCAAGAUACACAUUUGGACUCUGCAAAACGUAUUUCACUUGCGGUAACCGCAGAAAGAGCAUCUCAUCAAUUAGAAACUGGAAUGUAUUUUACGAGAAAAAGUGUUGAAGGAGAAAUAGAAGAAUUGAGAAGACAACCAUUGAAUGAGAUAUCUGAUAAUAAGUGAGUUAUAACAAUUGUAAGUCUCUCAAAAACUUCAGUUCAAUUUUUAGAAGAUUCCUUCAUCUAAAAAAUCUUAUUUUUUGCAGUUUCGAUUGUCUUGGAUGGUACAGAAUGGACAAAAACGGCAAAUUCCAAGUGAAUAAUGGCUCGGAAAAAAUCAAUGAGUUUCACAAAGCAAACGUUGAAAAUUGCAAAGAUCAAAAAUAUCGAAGUUAUUUAUCAGCCAAAUAUUAUAUGCCUGGAAAUUUCAGUAUAUCUCCACCGGUGGAAGAUUAUUUAAAUUGGAUUAAAACGGCAAGAAUUUAUAAGAAUAGUAUGGCUAGAGAGGCUAUUGUUACACUUGAUAGAGGGAAUAAUUUGCACAUUAGUUUGAAUUGUGAGUUUUUUUCCAACCACCACAGAAAUCAGAGAUUCUAUUUUUGCAGUGAAUGAAAAUAUCGACGGUAAUCAUUUCGAAUUUUUCCACAACUCAUCGAAAAUUCGCGAUUUUUUGGGAACAAUAAUCGUAGAUUCUCGAUCAAAUCGUUUCUUCAAUGUGACAGUUUAUGGAGCAUCCGGGAUAAUAGAUGGAAUGGUCAAAUAUUCGACAGAAAAUAACGCUACAAAUAUUUAUACAUUUACAACAUAUGUGAGUGAUUUGACAGCUUCAAAUCGUUCAAUGAUAAUUCCACUUCCGGCAAUUGUUGAAAAUGGUCCUCGAAUGAUUUGUAUGAAAGCUGAUGAAAUCGCGGAUCAAAAUGCUAUUUGUCGAGUUAUUCAAUAUCAUGAAAGUCCAUUGGAAAUUGAUUUGAUUGAAGGAAAAUGGCAUGAAAUGAUCGGAACUUGUCCAACUUGUAAUCAAGUUAAUUUUUAUGGAAUUAUGAAGUGAGUUUCAAGAUGGAAAUUCAUAACAGGUUUUACUUAAUUUUUCGAAACAGUACAAACUUGAAUUUUCCAAAUUAAUUUGCAAUAACGAACUAUCGGAAAAAUUGAUAAUAUUUUCAGAAUUUCUUUGAAACAGUGAAGCUCUUAUCCUCUAAACAUUCCAAUUUGUCGUUUUUCCAGAUUUCUCAACCCAGCCUACUGGAUCAAAGGAAUCAGUUCACUUAACGAUGGUGUAAAGCAAAUCACAGAAUUAAUGGUCUACAUCGGUGUUCUGAUUAUCCUCUAUAUCAUAAUCACCAAAAUAAUCAUCCCAUUGAUUCGCUGCUGGGUUUGCCCAAUGUCUUUCUGUUUCUCUUUUUCAAGUUCCUCAAAAUCCUCGAAAAUAUCCGGCGCGUCAGAAAAUCUCCGCCGGAGUUCACCUUCACCGCAUAGCAAAAAAUCAGAGAGCCUAGUCAGACUCUAUCGAGAUGUCGAUCAUUAUGGUGCCGAAUAUAUAUGA